AUGCAACCGGAGUCUUCGCAUCAAGCUUCACAGCUUCCGAUCUUCAUCGGAGGUGAUCCAAAACAGUGGAUCGCAAGGAUUGAAGCUCAAUUUGUUGGUGGUGAGUGUUCAGAGAAGGAGAAGUUGGCGUUCGUUUCCAAUUUUCUCGGCGGCCAAGCAAAAUCUUGGUUCCACAAGGAACAAUCCUGGAUUCCUUUCAAUAGUUGGAACGAGGUGAAAGAUGGUUUAUUGUUAAUGUUUGGAAACGAUAGGGAUCAAAAGCGUGUAGGUUUGGAGCUGGAUCGCAAACUGGAACAGUGGAUCAAAGAUUUUGAUCGCAAGCAUCAGAAGUCAGAAAACACUGUGGUCACAAGUGUCGACGUGAUUCAAGAGAUAGAAUCAAGUGGUGACAUUGUGUUGCAGGCGAAAUUGAUUCAACAACAUGCUUCAGCUUCGAGAGAAACGUUUUCACAGUUUCAGGUACAAGAUUCUCCCUUGGAACCUAGCCUUGAAUUUAGCAAAGAGUCAUUGGAUGCCAUGGAGGAUUCAUCUGUGUUCUGCGAGCAAUCACAUGUUGUUCAUGCUUCAGAAGUGGUUGAGUUUUCUGAGUUGUUAACAAGUGUCAAGAACACACAAUGUGAACUCCAAGCUCCACCACGGUGA